GAGGAGCUGCGCAGCGACGCGCCUUGGAUCGGCUGAAAUAUCCAAGAUCAUCCGCGGCGAUGAGGUUUCCAUCGCUUGUCUUGCUCGUGUUGUGCGGCAUUUUGGCGCAGGGGCAACGCGACGACAACGGCGGCCACAGGUGCUUCCCAGCGAUCUUCGGCUUUGGCGACGAUUGGGGCGAUGUCGGGAACCUCCAGGCGCUGUAUCCGGCGGAUCUUGAGAAGCUGGAGGACGAGGCGCCCUACGGGAUGUCCUACUUCAAGAAGCCCGCGCGGCGGCUCUCGGAUGGGCGCUUGAUGCUGGAUUUCGUCGCUCAGGCGCUGGGAAUGCCCCUUCUUUCGUCCUACGCUGUGGGGGUUGUUUCGAAUUUGCAGCACGGCAUCAGCUUUGCCGUUGCCGGGAGCACUGCGAGCUCGAUUGGUUUGCAGCAGAACCCGUAUCAUCUCAUGAUUCAGAUCCAGUGGCUCCAGAAGCUCGAGUCGGACGUGAGAGAUGCUCUUGGGAAUCAAUCUCUUGCUAAGACCACCGAGACUUUGCCUAACGAGCAGUCGUUCCAGGAGGGUCUCUACAUGAUUUCUACCGGGCAGAACGACUACAGAUACGCAUUCUUCCGCGAUAACAGAACGGUUCGUGAAGUGGAGCGCACUGUAAUCCCCUACGUCGUGGAGAACAUCACAGCCACUGUUUUGUUCCUCUCGACGACUUUCAGAGCGGCCAACUUCAUGGUCUUCAAUCUUCCACCUCUGGGAUGCUCGCCCGAGUUCCUGACCAGCUUUGCCAGCACGGAUCCCAAUGACUACGACACCAUGGGCUGCCUCAUCGACUACAACCGGAUCACAGUUCUUCACAACGAGCGUCUCAGGGUCACCUUAGACGUGCUGCGAGCCAGCUUUCGGGACUCCGUCCGGAGGCUCAUCUACGUCGACAUGGCCGCCAUGGUGACUGGCGUCGUAUACGAUCCUGAAUCCAGAGGCUUUCAGAACGGACUAGAAGCUUGUUGUGGGACUGGAAAGCCAUACAACUACGAUCCGCGAUGUUCCUGUGUAACGCAGCGAGUGAUCCGCGGCAGGAACUUGACCGCUCGUGCCUGUUCUAAUCCGAGCACUACAAGUUGCAGUGGCAUUGUAGAUGAAUACUUCGUCCCUGUUCCUCUCCCAGUGGCAGUGGCAGCAGCAGAGGCAAGACCGAACAACCAGGACAAGAUUAACCAACACAAAAGGAAUCCACCUGACUGCUGCCAGGGGUAUGCUGCAAGGCAGAGAGAAUGCGAGCCAGAAAGACUGGCCGCGCAUCACCUAGCACCAUUGUUUUUGCAUCCAAAGAAUGUGGAGGACGAUGUUGCUGCGUAUAGAGGAGGACGACAUCACGGAGCACUCAUUGUCUAUUUGGGGAAUGUCGAUAAAUCCCUUCAUCCAGAAGCUGUUACUAACACUCGUACAUUUGGAUAG